GCCCCGCGAUUUUUUGACGUAGCGAUUGAUAUUAUUUGGCACUGUCACAAAUCAGCUUGCUUGCUGUGACUCAGAAAGAGUCAUUGAUGGAAAGUUUCCUUCAGUCAUCUCUACCAGAAACCGCAAUUUCUUUGUAAGGGAUAGAAGACUUAACUUAAGGGAGAAGACGCCAGAGCCAGCGGCUCCUGUGCUCUUCUUUCUCUCAAGACAUUUUCACUGCCAGCUGAAGUAAUAAGUCAGUUUUCGACUCAGUGAUCAUCACUAUGGUGCAACAAGACGUUCAGGAGGUCGCACGGCUGGUUGACAGCCUCGAAGAGGCCAGCAAACGAGGGAAGACACAAGGCAAAAAGAGCUUUGUCUGCAAAAAGUCCACCUUUGCAGUAGCGGGGUCAGAUAAUAUCUUCGUCGAUUCCUGGAGGUUUAACGAUUGGGACUACAAGCGUCGUGACCUUCCGACUUACGCCCGUGGACUAUUCACUACACGAACCAAGUCUGGUCGUCCAGAGAUUGCUGUCCGCGGUUACGACAAGUUUUUCAACGUGGAUGAAGCGGGCAACACGAAAUGGGACCAGAUCGAGAAAUACACGCGUGGUCCGUAUGAGCUUAGUGUCAAAGAGAAUGGAUGCAUCAUCUUCAUUUCUGGUCUCGAAGAUGGCUCUCUGUUAGUAUGCAGCAAGCACUCUACGGGAGUUCGAAAUGAUACCAACCUGAGCCAUGCCCAAGCCGGCGAGAAAUGGGUUGAACAACACGUUACUUCUGUCGGAAAGACAGUAAAAGAACUUGCGAUGCAACUGCGGAAGAUGAACGUUACCGCAGUUGGUGAGCUCUGCGAUGACAGCUUCGAAGAGCAUGUCCUGGCGUAUGAUGAAAAUGCUGCUGGUAUCUACCUUCACGGCAUAAACUAUAACGUUCCAGAAUUUGCGACUAUGCCCAGCUCUGAGGUGCACAAAUUCGCUGACGAGUGGGGAUUCAAGAAGGCACAGUUUCUUGUCAUGGACGAUAUCAGGGCUGUGAAACAAUUCUUGGACAACUGCGCCGAAACAGGCUCAUGGAAUGGAAGAGAUACAGAAGGAUUCGUUAUCAGAUGCAAGCAACGCGAAGGAGAAGAUGGGCCAUAUCGGGACUGGUUCUUCAAAUACAAGUUUGAGGAGCCAUAUCUUAUGUACAGACAGUGGCGUGAAUGCACCAAGGCAGUCAUUGCCGGAAAACUUCCGAAGAUCAAGAAGCAUCAGAAGAUCACCGAGGAAUAUCUACAAUAUGCUCGCAGACAGCUCGUGAAGGAUCCAGCCAUUGGAAAACUUUACAACCAGAAUCACGGAAUCAUUUCAAUGAGAGAGGGAUUCCUGCGUGAACGUGGCUUGAAAGGAUCAGAUAUCAUCCAAAUGGAAAACGAAGGGCGUGCUGAAGGAGUCAGCAAAAACGUCAUCCUGGUUCCAAUUGCAUCUAUCGGCUGCGGAAAGACGACCCUGUCACUGGCCCUGGCCAAGCUAUUCGGAUGGGGUCACAUCCAGAAUGAUAACAUCCCCAAACAGAAGAAUCGCCCGAAGAGGUUUGCCUUUGAGGUGACGAACGAACUUGCGAACCAUCCCGUUGUCAUAGCAGACCGCAACAACCAUCAGAGACGGGAAAGGAAACAGCUCAUGGAAGAUAUUACCCCGGUCCUCACUGAUGCUCGAUUCGUUGCCCUCCAGUACGUGCAUGAGCCGAAGGGUCUGUUGCUCGACGAUAUCAGAGAGGUGACCAGGAAGAGGGUUCUGGAAAGAGGAGACAACCAUCAGACCAUCCGAGCCGGCAGCAAAAACCCCGAUGAAGUGAUUGGGAUUAUGGAAGGAUUCCUAAAUCGCUUCGAAGCAGUGGACACUGACCGUGAUCCGGAUGACAACUUCGACGAGGUCAUCGACUUAGACGUCUCCGCAUCAUCCAGAGAGAACCUGGAAAAGGUAGUGACCUCUCUGCACUCGUACUACCCAAAGAUUGUCCCGAAAGUUCCCACACCGCAGGAACUGGACAGUGCGAUCGAAGCUGCCAUGACAGAUUACCACGUCGAGAAGGAUCUGAGUUCGAAUUUCAAACCGAGCAAGCAGCAAAAGGGCCAGAAGAAUGCGAACGCGAAUGCGGAACAACCGCAGAAGCUGGACCCGGAAUCUUGCAUGAAGAAAAUCGAAUACUUCUGCAUCUCCCUCCCCGCCCCACGCAUCAACAACAUCCUCUCCUCCCUCUUCCCACCAUCCACACCCCCUGAAAAGGCCAAGCUCUACAAACAACUAGCCAACACGCGACGCAUCCAGCCUUCCUUCCACGUCACUCUCAUCCACCGCGCCUCAGCCAAGGAUCGUCAGGACACCUGGAAACGCUACACCGACCUAUACCUCACCAAGAUGUACGAAAAACCCGAGACUGACACCAACAUCACCCCGACUCUGGCGCCUGCCCGCGUUCGUAUUGAGCGCCUUGUCUGGGACGAUCGCAUCAUGGCCUUUGUCGCCCGUAUCCUUCCGCCAGAGGACAAGGAGCAGCCGGACUGGCUGUGCGCAAACGACGUCGCGCACAUCACUGUGGGCACCGCCUCUCCGGACGUCAAGCCAAAGGAGAGUAACGACCUGCUGAAACGUUGGCUGGAAGUCGGGUCUGGGGCAGAUAAGGGCAUCUGGGAAGAGGAAGUUCCUGGUGUGGUGGUCCUGGAUGGGACUGUGGAAGUCGUCAUGAGUCGGGGAAAGUGGUGAAAUAUGUAUUCUACUUGAAGAAGAAAAACAGGACACUGAAGAACGUUAAUCUAUAUGAUUAGACAUAUCAUCCUUAUAAUAACAUCUCCAUCAACCAUUGAAACAGACAGCACUCUCAGAAGAGGGUAUAUAAUAGAAACUAAGCUAUGCUUAAGCCAAGUACUGUAUUUCUACACAUGAAUGCGCGAGUCAACUCUGCAAUCAGUUGUUGUUUACCUACCAUGCUCAUGCAAAAAUGAUGCCCAUAUCGCUCCGCCAUCUCUCUCGAGACUAAUGCAAUAGAGCUCUCUGGAUAUCUACAGAUGCUCAUUCUUGUAGCGGGAAGACAGCAGAAUUUACUCCUUCAGCCCGUCACCCACGUCGCGACUCUCUGGGCGCCAAAACGCCCGACGAACUGCAGGCCGCUACUGCC